AUGGGGAAGUUCUUAACCGGGAUUAGACUGGAUGGUCCCUCUGGUCCUCUGGGUGCCCAGCUGGGAGGUUCUGUUCUGCUGCCCUGUUCUGUGGAAACCCCCUUACCUCUGGAGGAGCUGGAGGUGGAGUGGAGAAGAACAGACUCAGAUGUGCUGGUGCACCUGUUCCAGGAGGGAGAAGAGAGACCAGAAUCACAGGACUAUGCCUACAGGGGAAGAGGCCACUUCUCUCCUGACAAGAUAGCACAAGGAGACUACUCUCUUCUUCUCGAAAACAUUACAUCCAGUGACAUGGGUCUUUAUAGAUGUGUUGUUUAUACAGAUCUGGACUCCAGUGAAAUUUCAUGUGAAAUUAAAAAUGUGGAUUUUUUAGUGGUACACGGAGUCCACCAUGCUGGUUUUGUCUAUGCGGGUGAAGAGGUUGUCCUGCACUGCUUUGUGGACUCCCACAUCCCACCUGAGAAACUGGAGGAGGUCUCCUGGAAGAGGACAGACAACGAGAUGUUAGUGCUUCUUUAUCAACAUGGCGAGGUCCUCUCAGACUCCUCACAUGAGAGAUAUAAAGGCAGAGCUGAGUUCUUCUUAUCAGAAAUCCCCAAAGGCAACUUCUCACUGAGACUGAAGGAUGUCAGGACAGAAGACAAAGGAGAGUUCACCUGUGUAGCCCACAGUGGAAAUAUUUUGGGAAACACCACUGUUGUAGUUCCAAGUCUUGGUGAGUAUUACUAA